GAGGCUUUGCCACCUUCUCCUCCUGCUUCCCGGGGCUCUGUGAGGGGAAACCAGCCGCCAUCCUGCCCAUGAGCAUCUCCCAACCCUGCUUGCCCGUGGCCAACGUCGGCCCCACGCGCAUCCUGCCACAUCUCUACCUGGGCUCCCAAAAAGAUGUCCUGAACAAGGAUCUGAUGACACAGAACGGGAUAAGCUACGUCCUCAACGCCAGCAACUCCUGUCCCAAGCCAGACUUCAUCUGUGACAGUCACUUCAUGCGCAUUCCUGUCAACGACAACUACUGUGAGAAGCUGCUGCCCUGGCUGGACAAAUCCAUUGAAUUCAUCGACAAGGCCAAGGUGUCCAGCUGCCAGGUGAUCGUGCACUGCUUGGCUGGCAUCUCAAGGUCGGCCACCAUCGCCAUCGCCUACAUCAUGAAGACCAUGGGUAUGUCGUCAGACGACGCUUACAGGUUCGUUAAGGACCGUCGCCCGUCCAUCUCGCCCAACUUCAACUUCCUGGGCCAGCUCCUGGAGUACGAGAGGAGCCUGAAGCUCCUCAAAGCCCUCAAGUCGAAGGGCGACCGGGGCGAGGGGGACGCCCAGCAGGACCCGGCGGAGGCGGCCGAGGGCGGCCGGCAUCCCCCACCACCUACCUCAGAGAAA